CCCCACGUCCCUGCCAGGGCAGCGUGUGCGCUGGGAGCUGCCGAGCCGCCGCCCGCCCUGCCCGGCUGUGUCCGGCCCGCCGCCGCCCGCAGCGCCUCUCCCUUCGCCGCUGCGGGGCCGCUUGGCUGGGGGUGAACAAACCAGCCGGGCGCGCCCCGCCUGCCUGCCUUCCCUUCUCCCCUCCCUCUCCCCUUCCUUCCCCUCCCGCCCCGUCCCUUCCUCUCUCCGCCUGGUGCCGCCACCGCCGAGGAGGAGGAACAUGGCGAAAGCGGAGCAGGUCCUGAGCCUCGAACCGCAGCACGAGCUCAAAUUCAAAGGUCCUUUCACAGAUGUUGUCACUACAAACCUGAAGCUUGGCAACCCUACAGACAGAAAUGUGUGCUUCAAAGUUAAGACCACAGCACCACGUAGAUACUGUGUAAGGCCUAACAGUGGAAUUAUUGAUGCAGGAACAUCAAUUAAUGUUUCUGUGAUGCUACAGCCUUUUGACUAUGACCCUAAUGAGAAAAGUAAACACAAGUUUAUGGUUCAGUCUAUGUUUGCUCCAGCUGACACUUCAGAUAUGGAAGCAGUAUGGAAAGAAGCAAAACCAGAAGAACUCAUGGAUUCGAAACUUAGGUGUGUGUUUGAGCUACCAGCAGAAAAUGAUAAGCCUCAUGACAUAGAAAUAAAUAAAAUUGUAUCCACAACUGCAACAAAGACAGAUUCCUCUGUAAUGUCUAAAUCAAUAAGUUCCUCUUUGGAUGACACUGAAGUUAAGAAAGUAAUGGAAGACUAUAAGAGGCUUCAAGUUGAAGUUCAGAGGUUACGGGAGGAAAAUAAGCAGUUUAAGGAAGAAGACGGACUGCGGAUGAGGAAGCCGCCCCAGACAAACAACCCAAUAUCGGCUUCUGCAGUUGCUGUCAAGGACGAAGGGCUCAGCUCCAGACUACUUGCUUUGGUGGUUUUGUUCUUUGUCUUUGGUGUAAUUAUAGGAAAAAUAGCCUUGUAGAGGCAGCAUGCUGGAAAUUGUAAAUUGGUUUGAUGGUUCUGCCAUAUCAUUGGAUUAAAUUUAUUCAUAACGAUGUUUAAAAAAAAAAUUAAUGUAUGACAUCUCACAGGUCUUGCCUUUAAAUUACCCCUGCACAAAUACUAUGUAACAUAACCUAGAAAGUUUAAAGUGUACAAUGAGUAAAUGAACGAGAGAGAAUAUGCUUCAGUGAUGGAAGGGGGGGAGAAAAUCAUGAUUUAACACUACAAUGGGAUAUUGUAUAUGUCAUUUUAAACAUUCUUAGACCCUGGUACAUGUUGCUGGAUUACCUCUUUUUAAAAAGAAAAAAAAGAACAAAAAAAAGAAAAGGGGAAGAAAAAGAAGUAGAAAAAGCUAUUCCUCCAGUGCUGGAGCUGGCCCUACUGGAUGGUUGGAGCUGGGUUAGGCAGGAGGUGUUGAUAACUUCUGUAAAAUAUGUUAAUCCACCAUUCUGCUCAUAAAUUUAACAGUUUCUGUCAGUGUCUUCAACUCUGUGCAAGUUACCAAUUCCUUGGCACUUAAAUGGAUAGCGAGAAGCUGAAAAGAAUUGUAUGUGGCAAUGCUGAAUGUGCUGGGCAUCGCGAAGAGGCGAAUGGUGACUGGUGUGACGCUCGUUUGGAAUAAAGGACGAUGCCUUGUUCUCACAAAGGGACCAAGCUACAUUGCUGUUGGUUCAUUUAGUUGAAUUAAAAUGUUAUUCAGAGAUGUUUAAUGCAUAUUUAACUUAUUUAAUGUAUUUCAUCUCAUGUUUCCUUAUUGUCACAAAAUUGACUUAAUACGAUAGGGUCUGAAAGGGCACCUGUUUAAAGCCAGUGACUAGAACUAAAAAUUUGCUGCUGUAGUGAUGCGAGAUUCCUCUGCCUCCUGGUGUUUUGGGCACUACACAAUUGUUGGGAGUUUUGAUCAUCUGAGCAUUGGAGAAACAGUGGUCAGGAAACUGUUUUUGUAUGUAAAUAAGUCUAUCUAGGGGAAAAAAUAUUAGUAGUAAACUAGUCCUAUGACGUAAAAGACCAAUCCUGUUUGACUAUGUAGCAUCUUAAAAAAAAAAAAAAAGAAAAGAAAAAAAUAAGAAAAGAAAAAUUAAAUAAAACCCCCAAA